UUCAUUAACAUCCUGAAGGAAAUGCUCCGGUUGACUGUGUGUGUGUGAGCAAGAGAAAGUACGCUCCCGUACAGUCAGUCCUGCCAGCCCUCGGUGAGUGCGAAGCAGUGUCCGUGUGUGGAGCGAAGGGUGUUUUCCACCCUGGAUGACGUUAGCAGCCAGAUUUUUCCGAACCGAACCGCUGGGUGGGGAAGUGUUCGUUGUUCCUGUGUCGAAAAAUUCUGACAAGUGUGCAAAUCAUCAUCCCACGGUCAGUCGAAGAGUUCUUUGUGAUCGGAGAAAGCUGCAGCAACCAGGCAGGCUGAUAGGCAACGUGGUUUAGUGUUUCCUCGUAGGCUUUCUUCAGGACAAUGGAAUCAGCUGAAAAGUAACACAUAUGAGAAAGUUAAGGAAGCCCGUGCAACCUAGAGACAGGCUCCAGAAUUAUUGAUUUUGACCGUGCACACCUGUGCACUAGGCGGAUGAGUUGGCUGUGGUUCGGAUUGCCUACCUAAGGGCGUAAAAAGUUUUACCAGCUGGAGAAAAAAAGUGAAAGCAGACCCUGCUGCUGGUCGUGUAGUUGGUUGUGAGCCGAAACGUCGAAGAAUCCGGACUGUUUAGUUAGUGUCUUCCAAAGAAUAGUCAUAGCCUCCGGGGUUAUUGUGACAUAAGUGUUAAUGUAUUACUGUGAGGAUAUCGAAAUAACGAGACAAAGUAGUGACAAGCACAGUGAAAAAAAUUGUGAAAGUGCCACGUUGUGGCUGUGCCAGUGUAGAUCCAGUGGAGCUGAAGUAUGAAUGCCACUCGUGGGCUGAACCGAUUCUAGUCAGUCGUACAACGAUCUAGUUAAGCAAGCAAACAGUUGCAAAUUCAACCAAAAACAACAACAAAGUGUGAUACCUAAAUGACCAUGACAUUAUAGAACGUAAUUCCAACACAAAAAAAAAUAAACCAGUGAUCCACCAGUAGUAUACACUCGCACCGCGUUAUAGACAAAAACUUUUAUCUCAAAUCAUCCCUACCCAAAUGCUGCUCCUCCCGGAAUAUUGGAUGCCAUAUCAUCGUCGUACCGUACGUCACCAGCACCAGCGGCCCCCGAUCGGUCUUCUUUGCCGACUAGUCAGAACAAGAGCGCGCUAGAAAAGAUUACCACCAUCGUGUUGUUGUUCCUGAUCAUUCGCCAUCGGUUUCACUGCCAACCGAACAUCCAACAACAGCAGGGGCCACGCACACUCCUAUUCCGGAUUUGUGGUAGAAAAGUAAAACAGCCCCGCACUCGAUUGCCGGUGGUAGUUGAGCAGUAGGAGAACCCCGAUCGCUCGGGUGAAUCCUGAGCCUCAACUGUCGCCUCCGCUCGCUCCAUCCGCUCCCCUGGUAACGGCGAGACCCAGACCAGACUAUUCCUAGCAACCGGUUCAACCCGAUCGUCGCCAAAACGGAUAAAGUAAACGGCACCAAGAUUACGGACAACAACAUGGAGGACCUGCUGCAGGCAGGCCACGUGGUUAAGGAGCGAUGGAAGGUCCUUAAAAAGAUCGGCGGCGGAGGUUUCGGCGAGAUCUACGAAGGUCAGGACUUGAUCACGCGGGAACAGGUGGCGCUCAAGGUCGAAUCGGCCCGGCAACCGAAGCAGGUCCUCAAGAUGGAGGUGGCCGUCCUGAAGAAGCUGCAGGGUAAGGAGCACAUCUGUCGCUUCAUCGGUUGUGGUCGGAACGAUCGCUUUAACUACGUGGUCAUGCAGCUGCAGGGUAAGAACCUGGCCGAACUGCGACGAUCUCAGGCUCGCGGAGCGUUCUCGCUCAGUACCACACUCCGGAUUGGCCUCCAGAUACUCAGAUCGAUCGAGUCCAUCCACUCGGUCGGGUUUCUUCAUCGUGAUAUUAAGCCAAGCAACUUCGCUAUUGGAAGGUUACCGUGCAAUAAUCGUAAAAUCUACAUGUUGGACUUUGGUUUAGCUAGACAGUAUACUACCGGGACCGGCGAGGUUCGGUGUCCCCGGGCUGCCGCCGGUUUCCGUGGUACUGUGAGAUAUGCUUCGCUGAAUGCGCACAAAAAUCGGGAAAUGGGUCGACAGGAUGAUCUGUGGUCUUUGUUUUAUAUGCUUGUUGAGUUUGUUACUGGCCAGCUUCCGUGGCGUAAAAUUAAGGAUAAGGAGCAGGUUGGUUUGUUAAAGGAAAAAUACGAUCAUCGUUUGCUACUAAAGCACUUGCCUUCGGAUUUCAAGUACUUCUUAGAUCACAUUCAAUCGCUUAACUACGCUGACAAGCCGGACUAUGCCAUGCUAGUAACCCUAUUCGAGCGCUGUAUGAAGCGACGCGGUGUGAAAGAAACGGAUCCAUUUGACUGGGAGAAAACAGAGGAAAACAAUGCCGAUCACGGCGGGGACGCCAAAGCAGGAGGAAACGCAGCCGUACCAAAGAGUGAAUUAAUUAAGAAACAUAAGGAUAUAGAGCUAACAGAGAAACGCAAAGUGAUGGUUGACUCGGUUAAGAUCAUGCACACGGAACCGAUCGAGUCCAUAAAGCCACAGAAUGCCAGCAUGAAUGCGAAGCUGUCGAAUGUGGCGAACGGGGGCCAGCCGAACAACGUCCAGAAUGACAAGUUUGUCGGAGAUCCGCUGGAUCCACGGCUUCGGCAAGCGUUCAAGGAUGCGCUGAUCGCUAGUCAGGAAGCGACCAAGGUGCGGCCGGAUAUUCCACUGGUCCGAGCUCACACGGACGUGAACAAACCGACCAAGCACGGAGGUAGCCGGUUAAGGAUUCUGACCGCUCCGCCGGUCAAUAUCAAGGACUUUGCCUCGUCGAUAGAAAGUCUCCACCAGCACUCGCAGGCCAAUGAAACCAAUCUGUCGGAGGCAAAGUCCAAGCUGAAAACGGAAGCCGACGAUAUCAGCUGUACGCCCGGUGAUGGUCCACCAACCGGAACCGGCGGUUCCGGUAGUGUCGGUCAUGGUGACGGUGGUCAACUAGCAAACUCGUUGACCCAACGGCAAUCGUUGCAUCUGGGUGGUAAAAGUUUACGAUCCUUUGCCAGCCAAUCGGCACGGUAUCGGAGCGUGGCGGAUGACAAAAGCUGUCGGGACUAUUCCAUUACCCAGCAUGCCAUCAUCGACGAUGAUAAUGCGAGCCAGCAUCAGACGCCGAAGUAUCAGGGGGCACUGACGCUGGCCUCGCAGUGGAAGAGCCAGUUUGACGAUUCGGACGAUUCGACCGAUGGGCUGUGGAAAGGUGAACAACAUUCCGAAAAUGCAUCCAAGAAGAAUAUUCAGCUGAAGGAGCAACAGCAGCAGCAGCAGCAGCCGAAGGAGUUGAAGGAACUAUCGCAGCAGGCGUCGCCUCCGAUACCGCAGCUACAGCAACAGCAGCAGCAACACAAGCAAAAUAACAACAACACAUCGACGAGUGCUAUUGUUAAUAAUAUCACUACUAAUAAUGCUAUUACUACUACCACUACAAACAACCCUGCAGACCUUGCAAAUAAUCUCAACUCUUAAUUUAUUGAUGAAAACUAUGAAAUUAUAAGAGGAAAAGCGUAUAAAGCAGUAUAGGAAAAA